UCUCCAAGCGCACACACACACAUGCACUCACACACACGCACAUGAACACAGAGGCAUGAUAUGGUCCAGGGUGCUCAGCUGCGCAGAUUUCACUUAGAGGGGUCGAGGAGCAAUUGUCAAGACAUGGACUUUAGCCAACAGAAGCACUGAAAACCGCUUGACUGGUUGGACUGGAUGCUCAUUAACUUCAGCUGACCUUGGAAAACCGAAAGGAGGGAAGUCAAACUGUGUGACGCAAGGGUACAUCCAGUUCCAUAAUGGCGAUCCCAAAUGACCUCUCCAUUUUCAACACCUCUGCCCCUUAUUUAACUACAGAGAUCUAUUCAAACAUCUCUUUUGCCCCUUCUGCCCAACCCUGCGCAGACUGGCCUCCUGUACCCAUGACCACAGUCAUCCCCACCAUCUACAGCAUUAUCUGCGUGCUGGGAACUGUAGUCAACGCCCUGGCGGUGUCUGUGUUGGCCCACGCCGGUACCUCAAGGAGAACUGUUGCCAACACUUUCAUGCUGAACCUGUGUGUGUCUGACCUGCUGUUCUUGCUGUCACUCCCGCUGUGGGCUGUCUACUACUCCCGGGGCUACAGCUGGCCCUUUGGCCGGGUGGCCUGCAAAAUCUGUGGGUUGCUCCACAACCUCAACCUCUAUGCAUCUAUCUUCUUUAUCACAUCCAUGAGCAUGGACCGCUACCUGGCCAUCGUGCAUCCGCUCCGCUCCCAGAGUGCACGAGACCCCAAACGUGCCCGGCUCACGUGCAUCCUGGUGUGGGUUCUGGCCUGUGCUUGCUCAGCCCCCACCUUUGCUUUGAGGGACACACACCACCUCAAGUGGCUUGAUGUGGAGGCCUGUGUGAUUUUAUAUCCUGACCAUACAUGGUAUAUGACCCUGAUCUGGAUGAAGAUUGUUCUGGCCUUCCUCCUGCCGCUGCUGAUCAUCUCCUGUUGCUACUGUGCUAUUGGCAGACAUUUGUUGGCUGACACAGGGCUGGUAAGAAUGCAAAAUCCGUCGCACCCCUCCAGCAUGCCCUCUUUUAAAUCGUCGGAGUCCCAGGAGAGCUGCGGUAAACCAGAGAGACCUCCGACCCCCUGUGUGAGCCCCAGCUACAGCGGGGGCAGACCCCUGGAGGGCAGGGGGCUGGAGCGGGUUUUGUGGACUGUAGCCGCUGUGGUCCUGGCCUUCUUCCUCAGCUGGUUUCCCUUUCACUGCGUGACCUUCAUAGAUAUGUUGAAGAGCGAGGGCUGGUUAGACAGCUGCUGGGUAAACUGGACCAUCCACAACCUGACCCCUCUCACCCUCUGCUUGGGCUUCUCUAACUCAGCUAUCAACCCUGUGCUCUAUUGCUUCAUUGGAAACCAUUUCCGGGGCCGUCUCGGCAGCCUCUGCAAGGGCCUGUGUGCUUGUUUGAAGGCGCGUGGGGAAGAUCACAGCCAGAAGAGGGGCUCCUUCAGCACCAGACUGAGCUCCUUCUCCCGAAAACUCAGUGACCUGAAAGACCUUGCAAUUCUGGAGCCCAGUGGUCCUGCUUAGCCAGCUCCCAGAGAGGACACUUUCCUUUCCCUCCACUGGCUUCACACCCUAAAGAACGAAUGUCAAAUGACUGCUGAACUUGGGAUGUGUGAGACAGAGCUGGUACUAUAAAAUUCUAUAAAGCUAUAAAACUAUAAAAUUCCAGCAGAGCUCAACUCUGCCCUACAGAGCUAGAAAAAGUAACUACAGAAAAGAUGGAGAUGAGAAAAAAAUGGGUUGAAAGUUUUGAGGCUGGUGAAAACAAUGUGACAAUGUGAAAGGGGUCACUUGUAGUGAUGAAUUAUUCACGACAUCUGCAGCUCUACGCAGCUUCACUGGGCUUUAUAGUGAAUUUCAGCUCAGUGCUUAGCCGUCCCACCCCCAGCUUUCCUGUUUUGGUUCAUUCUCAUCGCUCUCAUGGUGUUGUUUUCUGCAACAGCAGGCAGCUGCCUGACUUAUUUUCGGUCAAAAAAAAAAAAAAAAAA